AUGGAGAGACAACAGCGGUUUAAUAUUAAAACAAACGUGACAAAUGCAAAAUCAGCACGGAGUCCUUCACCCAAAAGGGUUCUACAUCUCGAUACUGAAGACAGUCCUCUUCAAAUAGCAUGUACGCAAGAAUCCUCAGAUAAUAUAGAUGUAGUAUGGGAUUGGAACUCGCCUCAAGCAAAAAAACAACCAAGGAAAUGCCAAAAACGGCUUUUAGUUCAAUCACCAAAAGUCCCUCUUAAGCGGCACCCAUCAGCAAACUCGGUGCAAGAAUUUGAGAAACUGAGAGAAGAACUAAAAUCUUUAAGAGAACAAUUGGCCUUUCCAGAUUAUGAAGAGAGUGUACCAUUAUCUCCAAUAGAAGAAGCAGAGUAUAAAUGUUUUAAAACAGAUAGUGUUGUUCAACAUAUACCAGAAGAUGAAUUUGAUGAUUUAAUGGACGAAAGUGUCAAUGAACAAUUAUUUGCUUUCAGUCAGCAAGUUGAAAAUGACCUAAAAAUUAAUGAAAAUAAAAAUAGACCCCAAACAAGUCCAGUUAGUCCUAAAAUCAAUUUUAAAAAGAUGAGUCCAAAGGAAAAACAGUUAGCUAAUGAUUCUUUUGAAGAAUUGUUAAAAAAAAUUGAUGUAAAAACACUUCAAGAAAGUCCUCCAAAUAGUGCAAAUUCUUUUGGUAGUAGGACAUCUUCUAAUAAUUCAACAGCAAAUGUAACUAGCCAUUCCAUACAUACAUGUUCUGGAAAAGUUGAAUUUCAUAGAACACAGAGUUUUGAAAUGGCAACUAAAGAUACUUAUUCCAAAACUUGUACUCAAGAUGAAAUAGAGAGGAAGAGACUAGAAGCACUAGCAAAAUUAGAAGCAAAGAGAAAAUUAAGUAUGACUACAUCAACAUUCCAGUGUUCUUCUGAAGAGAUUGAGCAGAAGAGACUUCAAGCAUUGGCUAAAGUAGAGGCCAAGCGACAAUAUGAUAUUAUAGAAAGGAAAAGGCAAGAGGCUCUUAAAAGACUGCAAAUGAAGAGACAACAAAAUGUAACUAGUGUUAAAAGUUCUUUAGCUACCAGACUAAAGUAA